UCAUGCUCGGUUUCAUGUUAGAUUUGCCAUCUAGACGCGUCUGCUCUCCUCUCAGUGUUGCAGGUGCUCUGUCUAAGCGAGAGAGGAUGAGAAAGGAGUGCAGGGGAGGGAUAGAGAGAAGGAAAGCGCCGGUGAAAAAGUCAGCAGUAUGGUGCAGGGCAUGAUAAAAAUGAUAUCAACAGCAGCAGAUAGCGCGUUUAUUGACCUGGGGGCUCCGCAAUGAAAGGUUUCUUGCAAGGGACACUUUGAGAUAUGAUGAGGUUUCUUUCUGGUUGGCAAUAGUACUAUGAUUUGGCAUGUGGUCACUUUGAUAGCAAGUGUAUUCAGCACCCGAGGAACGGCAGCUCAAGGUGCCCACGGCGUGCGAGAGGAGCCCCAGUUUGUGACGGCGCGCGCUGGAGAGAACGUCAUCCUGGGAUGCGACGUGGCCCACCCCCUGAACGGCCAGCCCUAUGUGGUGGAAUGGUUCAAGUUUGGAGUGCCCAUCCCCUUCUUCAUCAACUUCCGCUUCCACCCGCCUCAUGUGGACCCGGAGUACGCCGGCCGAGCCAGUCUGUACGGAAAAUCUUCUCUGCGGAUUGAGAAGGUGCGUUCAGACGACCAGGGCUGGUAUGAGUGUAAGGUCCUGAUGUUGGAGCAGCAGUACAACACCUUUCACAACGGCAGCUGGGUGCACCUCACAGUAAACGCUCCCCCCAGUUUCACGGACACGCCGCCACUGUACGUUGAGGCCAAGGAAGGCGGCAGCAUCACCCUGAGCUGCGUUGCUUCCGGCAAUCCCAAGCCCUCCAUCAACUGGCUCCGGGAGGGCGAGCCCCUGGAGGACAGCAUCAAGUACAAGGUGUCUGAUGGGAGUCUGACGGUGCUGUUGGUCAGCCGCGAGGACAGAGGGGCAUACACCUGCCGAGCCUACAGCAUCCAGGGGGAGGUUGUCCACACCACACGCCUGCUUGUCCAAGGGCCACCGUUCAUCGUUUCCCCUCCCCAGAAUCUGACGGUGAACAUAUCCCAGGCCGCCAAGCUGGACUGCCUGGCCGAGGCCUACCCUGGCAACCUCACCUACACCUGGUUCUGGGAGGAUGACAACGUCUUCUUCAAGAAUGGCCUGAGGGACAGGGUCAGUAUUCUGGUGGACGGCUCGCUCAUCAUUGGCAGUGUGAAGCCAGAGGAUGCUGGGAGAUUCACCUGCAGCCCCAGCAACAGCCUGGGCCGGCCCCCAUCCGCCUCGGCCCAGCUCACAGUGCAAUACCCUGCCCGUGUCAAAGACAUGCCACCUGCCAUUUAUGUGGCCAUCGGCCUGCCAGGCUUCAUCCGCUGCCCGGUGGACGCCAACCCGCCCGCCACGCUGGUCAAGUGGACCAAAGAUGGCAACCCUCUCCGGAUAGAGAAGUACCCUGGUUGGAGCCAAAUGGAGGACGGGAGCAUCCGCGUGACUGAGGUGACGGAUGACUCUCUGGGCACCUACACCUGCAUGCCUUACAACGCCCUGGGCUCUGAGGGUUGGUCCGAUCCCACUCCCCUGGUGCUAAAGGAUCCCCCCAAGUUCUCGAUUGUUCCCGGAGGGGAGUACAGGCAGGAGGCUGGGAGAGAACUGGUCAUCCCCUGUGCGGCUGAGGGAGAAUUUCCCUAUCCCAACAUCACAUGGAGGAAGGUAUGGAAGCCCAGCAAAAGCAAGCACAAUGUCCUCCCCUCAGGUACCUUACAGUUCAAGUCCCUAAGCAAGGAGGACCAUGGGGAGUGGGAGUGUGUGGCCACCAACGUCGCCACGAGCAUCACUGCCAGCACACACCUCCUAGUUAUUGGCACAAGCCCCCACGCCCCGGCCAACGUCCAUGCGGCGGUCUCCACCACCUGGGCCAACGUGUCAUGGGAGGCUGGCUACGACGGCGGCUUUGAGCAGACAUUAUCAGUCUGGGUGAAGAGGGAGCAGCUGGGCCCACAUGAUUGGCUGUCUAUAGCCGUGCCUUCUGGCCAGACAUGGCUGGUAGUACCCGGCCUGGAGCCCCAGACUGCCUACCAGUUCAGUGUCCUUGCACAUAACAAGCUGGGCACGGGCCCCUUCAGCGAGGUCAUCACUGUGAACACACUAGUUUUUCCUAUAAGUAUACCUGAACCCCUGGUGCUGCUUACCCCACCACGAUGCCUCAUAGCCAAUCGGACGCAGCAGGGCGUCUUGCUCAUGUGGAUCCCGCCGGCCAACCACACAGCUCCGAUCGAGCGCUACGUCAUGGAGUUCCGCCUAGGGGAGAGGUGGGAUGUCCUGGACGAUGCCAUCCCCGCUGGAGAGACAGACCUGCUAGCCAGAGACCUCAUUCAGGAGGCAUGGUAUGAGUUCCGGGUCAUAGCAGUCAUGGAGGAACUGGUCAGCGAGCCCAGUAACACAGUAGGAGUGUCCAGUACAGACUUCUUCCCACCCCCGGAAUUGGUGGAUGAGGGGGGGCUGGCGCGGCCGGUGGUGGCUGGCAUCGUGGCUACCAUCUGUUUCCUGGCAGCUGCUGUCCUCUUCAGCACACUGGCAGCCUGCUUCGUCAACAAGCAGCGCCGACGAACGCUCAAGAGGAGGAGAGACCCCCCACUCUCGAUAACACACUGCAGAAAAAGUGUGGAAACUCCGUCCUCCUCUGGUAAGGUGAGUCCGGAGAGUAUGCGUUCCAUGGGACAACCAUCAGAGUGUUCUGAGGACGGGCAUAGCAUGAGCAUGAAGAAGAUCCCCCCGAGUUCUGCGAAGAAGGAAGAACUCUCUCUGUACAAGAAAACCAAGCGAGCAAUAACGAGCAAAAAGUACAGCGUCUCCAAGUAUGAAAUGGAGGCAACCACGCCCAUUGAGUUGAUCAGCCGAGGCCCUGAUGGACGCUUCGUCAUGGACCCCAGCGACAUGGAGAUGAUUUCCAUCAAGCCCCGGCGAAUUGAGGGCUUCCCCUUCGUCGAAGAGUCAGACCGCUAUCCCGAAUUCCGCCAGUCAGAUGAGGAGAACGAUGAUCCCGGGCCCAUGCCCCCCGUCAUGGCAACCCUUCGACCUCACCAAAUCUCCCCCAUCUCCAGCCAGGAGUCUUACCUGCAGCCACCAGCCUACAGCCCCCGCUUUCAGAGACCCAUGGAAGGUAUGACCAUCAUGGAGAGCAGUCGGCUUGGGGCCACGGGGCAGAUCCAAGGCUCCCUGCACCACAGAGCCUUCCCCCAGAGCCACGAUCAUUUCUACGGGUACCUUGACAGGCCUGGGGAACCCGACCCUCCACCCCCUUUCUACAUGGUAGACACCAGCCCUCUGAGCUCUGUCAUGUCAUCACCACCUUACCACCCCGAAGGGCCCUUUGGUCACCACCGCAUCCCUGAGGAGAUGGGGGAAGGAGAUAUUCAUCACUAUGCCGUCUCAAGCUUCCCCCUUCCCCUGACGCUUACCUCUUCCUCUCACUCCCCGGAGAUCUGGCACAGACCCGAUUUCCCCUUUGCAAAUCUGGAAAGGCCCCACUUCAUUUUCCCACCCCACCAACCUUUGCAUCUCCACCGGGAACCUUUCUUUCCUCCUCCCCAUGUUCUUCCCCCUGGUGCUCUCCAGCCAUCCUCUCUCCAGGUGCCCUCCUAUCCCGGUGUUCUGCAGCUGGAGGUCCCAAAGAGCUGUCCAGGCAAGUCUCCCAGCAAGGUCAAGCCUCAGGGCCUUCCAGUCAAGCGUUUAGCUAUGCAAGAGGCUCAGAGUCUAGGGAAGCUAAGACACAUAAGCUACGGUAUGGGUGUGCCGGUUUUGCCUUACCCCGACCCAACAGCCCUCAUGGGCAGCCCUAGCACAUUCAGUAGCCUGGACACCCGGUGGUUUGAGCCUACCCCCCGGCUCAGCCCCAGGCAGGCUCGUAGAAUGGAGCCUAGCAUGAUGGUCCUCCAACCUUCCCGCCUCUCGCCCCUCACCCAGAGUCCACUUAGUUCCCACGAGGGCUCCCCAGAGAUUCUAGUGCGACCGCGUCCCCGUCCUAGCUUCGUCCAGCCCUCCAUACCUCCAGAGAUGUCUGAGAUCACCCUGCUUCCCCCCUCUUCAGCCAGCUUCUCUCGGAGGUCGUCUCCCUCUUCCUCUCCCGCCCAUGGUCAGGUUAGCAAGAGGGCAAGUCCCAGCUUCCGCUCCCACAUGGCCUUUGCCACCUCCGCCACAAGCUACCCGUCCCAGUCCCCGUCACCCCCCAUGGAAAGCAGCAACAUGUUUGGGCAGAUCCCAAGUGAUCCCAUUGGGCAGAUACCAUCCCAGAAGAGAACUGAGGAGGAAGUCCUUCCGUCCGAGCCCUCUCCACCCCAGUUUUCAGCUUCAGGAAAUCGUCGAGGUGAGCCGAGUGCCCCUGCGGGGUCUGAGAGGUUUGAUGCAUUGAGGUACCAACGUAUUAAAAAGGCCAAGAAGAUGAUGGUGGUCAACAACAACAACUCCAAGUCCAGAAGAAAAACAGGUGUCUCCACCUUUCAGACCCAGCAGGACUACACCUCUCAGGUACUCCAGCCCGAAGAAGCUCUCUACCUCCGCAAGAAGAAGAAACGGCCAGUCAGACAGGACCCUUAUGCCCGCUUCUCCGCUCUCCUGUACCGCCGCCCGCCCCGGGAGGACCGGAAGGCCAUUUUGGCCAGCAUGGAUAACAUGGACCCAGACCAUGCCACUCUCCUCUGACACUGUGGGGGAGUCAGGUUACACUCUUCCCCCAAAAUGCCACAAAACCCCACCUGGAAAAUGACCUCUCAGUCUAAAGCGUUGCUCAUUCCCCAGCAUCAAUCAAUGGAUUUAAGUUCCUUUUUUAAAAGAAGUUGAAAGUAAAACAGUGGCUAUCCAAUGUUUCCAAAGUUUUACUCCAGUGCAAAACAUUUAAUUUGAGGGAAGCAAUACUAUGUGCUACAACAUAGAUUACUUUGAAACAAAUGUUCUAACCAUUUGGAAAAGGACCCGUCUGAGGUUUUCACUUUCUAUCUCAUCUUUAUACUUCAGUACAGGCGUAGCCCAUUGUAAAAACGGCCCAUGAAGCCUAGUUAGGUCUCAGUUUACAGCACCUUGCUCACCCGAGUAUCCUCACCUGCCUCACUCUGAUAGCCCUCUAUCACCUCCCAGAGCUCUCCCACCCACACAGGGUUCUCACUCAGAUCCUACAAAAUAUACCUCAGAGCACAGUACAUGGCACCACAACGAGGCUCAGCUAGCUGAACACAACUGUAUUGGCGUGUAUGUUUUUUAUGAUCUUAUAAUUUAUUUAAGCAGGGUUUGGUUGAAAUUUGACACAAUUUUAAUAACUCCAAAUAUGAAAAUCCAAUUGGUAACUGUCACGAUCGUCGUAAGGAGCGGACCAAAAUGCAGCGUGGUAUGUGUUCAUGAUGAUUUUUUAAUUAAAGAAAGCACUGAACACGGAAUACUAAACAAUAAACGACCGUGACGCUAUAAUGAGACACAAGCAACUAACAUAGACAAUCACCCACAAACAAACAGGGAAACCCAGGCUACCUAAGAAUGAUUCUCAAUCAGAGACAACUAAUGACACCUGCCUCUGAUUGAGAACCAUACUAGGCCGAAACAUAGAAAUCCCAAAAUCAUAGAAAAACAAACAUAGACUGCCCACCCCAACUCACGCACUGACCAUACUAAAUAACGACAAAACAAAGGAAAUAAAGGUCAGAACGUGACAGUAACAAUAUAUACCAACAUUUGAUUAGGUCGAUGUAGGUCUACUAUAAGUUGUAUAAUGAUAUCAUGCAGAUCAAAAAUCUAUCCCUGGGCUCUGGUCUUUUGACACACCAUAACUGAAGUGUUCAUAAUGGCUAUUAGGGAAAUGGAGCAUGUUAUGCUUCACAUAUUUGAUAUGUUGUGGACAUACAGUAUCCAUCAUCAAGUAUUCUCUUGAAUCAUUUAGAAGGUAAUUGUACAGUUUAGUUAUUCUUUAUAAACAUUCAUUCAAUUGUAUUCUCCUUUAACCCCAUAAAGGAAUGGUGAGUAUAUCCCCUUAUGGGGAAGAUCUGUCAUAAAGUAAGCACAAAAGCUCAUAGAUCUAUUUUGAAUAGGGCGAGGGGAAGGGAUUACAUUGGGAUUAUGCUCCAUUUGAACAGAACUCUAGGCUACUGUACAUCUCUCAAGGCAUACAACCUCACACACUCUACACAACACAGUUACUAUUCAGGUUGGACUUUGGUUGUGUCAUCGUCUGGGAAAGGAGUUUGCACUGGAGCAAAAGUUUGUCUUUUGCCAUUUUGCUAAAUAAUGUUUGUUUUUCUCUUUAUUUGAUGCCAUCUUCACUUGUACUAUUAUACUUACUGUAGCGUCGUGAAUAGUUCCGAGGGCUCCAUAUCCUAUUUAAAAAGUACUAUAGUAAUGCCAAAAAUACUACAACUUCCUUAAUCAAUAAAAACAUCACAUGUACUGUAAUGAGAGGAGGAUAGGAUUUUGUGCCAUAGUAUACUAUAGUAUUUUUUCAUUCAUAUGGGCCUGAGUCGAUGAACAAGGGGCUUAUGAUGGCCUUUAUAGGGCUUCUUCUGGUUGCCCCCUUCUGUUUUGUUUUUUUGUAAUUUUGUUCUCAGUUGUAUAUGAAAGUAACUGCCUUUGAUGGCCAUUUGCUUUAUUUGUAGCCUUGGCAUCUUUUUGUCUUCGUGUGCUUGGAAUUCCACAUGGCUGUGAUGAGAAGAAUAUCUCGACACUUGUCAAUUCUCCUUCGGAAAGAUCAAUGGAGGAGCUUCUUGUGGAAUAACGGCUUUUAUUUUUAAGUUUUUAUUUUAAAAAAUGUGUUUUCCUGUCAUUGAAGGGUGCUUUUUUAUAAAUUGGCAUGUAUUAUCAUGUCGAUAUAGACAUAUCUAGGCUCGUCAAGGCUGAACUGUGUGUGUCAUGGCAAUGGGGGGUGAUCUGGUGAUAGUCAGAAAAUGAGAGGGGUGUUUGGAAUGGUUUCACCCAUACAUGUAGGAACACAGGUGCUGCUGUGCACUGGAGACCAAUUGCUCAUAUGUUUUGGUUCAACUGUUUGGUAUGACAUUUCUCUGAAUUAUGUAAAGCAGGCACUUUGAUUUGGGUAUAUUAACACAUUUCCCUCAUUGGGUAUAUUAUUGAUACUGUACAAUAAAGGCACUAAAAGGUAAACCCUCCCCCCAAAAACAAAAACCGAUGUUUUGGUAUCGGUUUCAUUACUUCAUUUUGGGACUUUGUCAACGAUGGACUAAUGAAACAAAUAUCAAAAUAUAGUUUUUGUUUGGGGUUUUCCUUUAAGAGUUGCAACUUCAGGUGCUAACAAACUCACCAAUCUGAAAGUGGUAUUUCUACUUGCAGAGAGAUUAGUAAUUUCAGAGGAACGACAGCUACCACAUAUAUGAAAUUAUACUGUAAUUGAUCAUACUUGAUGUUUUAAGGUUGGUGCAAUACAACCAUACGCCUUUCAACAUCCAUCUUGGUGCUUCUUAAGCUGGAUGUGUACAUUGAGUCCAAGAGAGUCUGAAUCAUGGAAACCAAUGCUCAUAUUAUGUUUAUUUUUUGGCGUGUAGAACGUAUAUACUUUGCCUGCAUAUGUAUUUUACAUCAUUAACAGAUGACAUAUUGUGGAUGCCUAGUCAUGUACCUUAAAGAGUCGAAAGAAAGACGAGCAAAAUUUCUAAAGAAGAAACUCUCAAAGUUAUUCUACGAUGGUUUUAUGGAGCCAGGUUACAGUCUGUUCUGUUGGACUUCAAGUGAGAAACCUCAACUGAGGAACAAGUGUGUCAAAUGGCCACAAUUUCUUGACUUUUGUUUGACAGUACAGGACUUUUUGGAUGGUUUAUUAUCCAUUUGUGGCUAAACUGAACCUGAGUGUUACAUAUUGCGUAGUCGGCAGGAUCAAGAUGUUCUAUUUAUCAGUAAAUCCCCCACGUUGCACUUGUAAACACAUGACAUUGAGUACGGUUACAUGCACACAAUAAUAUGAUUAUUGUGGAUAGUCAGAUUAAUAUAAUAGUUUGAUUUAAAAAAUUACAUAUUUUCAAGAGGAACGAUUUCCCUAAUAAUCCUGUUUACAUGGACACAUCUGAAAUCAGGCUCCCUGAUGGCACUCUGAUAAUAAAUGCAGAAAAUCGGCAAUCAAAAUAAACGUUCUACCACAGCGACCAUGUUAUUUUUGGGAAGCAUAUUUGAUUCUGAGUUCGGACAUAUAAAGUUUCUAUGUGAAAACUACUUCUAAGACGCAUACAUACAUUUGGGAUGGCAGGGUAGCCUAGUGGUUAGAGCAGUGGACUAGCAACCAGAAGGUUGCAAGUUCAAAUCCCCAAGCUGACAAGAUACACAUAACCCACUGUUCCUAGGCCAUCAUUGGAAAUAAAAAUGUGUUCUUAACUGACCUUAAAUAAAGGUCAACAAAACAGAACAUUUAUUCUGAAUUCACUUCACUCGCUCUAAAGAGGGAGGCUAGCGCAUGCGCAGAUCAAAUACACUGCUGGAACACCGAUUAAGGUGUUUACAUGUCCUAAUAAUUUGAAAGAUUCCCAGAAAACAAUUGUUUUAAUCGACGUAUGCUUACUUCGAUUUUGACCUUAUGCCGAUUAAGAUAAACAGAAUAAGGUGUUUACAUGACUAAUCUUUCUACUGCCAUAAUCAGUUUAAUAUCAAAUUAUUACUGUGCAUGUUAACAUACAGUAUAGGCUGAUACUUUAAAUAAUUAGCAUAUUCCCUUCCUAGACUGAUGAUUUAGAAAUAUUCCUUAAUUUGUGCUGAUCCAACGGGAUUUAUCGACACUGUAAGCUUCAAUUUAAAAAAUGUACAUGUUAAAUCAAAAUCAAGGCAAUAACAUUCAGAAAUAUGUUAUGGUUUCUCUAUUUUUUACAAAAAAUAUGUAUCUGCUGAUUAUUUAGGAAUGCAAAUUGUUGGCAAUUAUUUUACAAACCCUCCCUCGGAAGAAUUAUAUAAAUAUGACAAUCCAAAAUUCAAGGAACAUAUUCUAUUAUAGAACAUAUAUUAAAUAUAUAAAAAUAUAUUCUUCAUUCAAUUAUAGCAUAUAUUGCACAAUGUAUUAUGAAAAAGUAUAUAUUUUAAAUAAAUUGGACAAUAUAUGCAUGCAAUAACAUAUAUGCGUAUAUAUAUUUUCUGAUAUUUUGGAUUUCAUAUAUGAAAAUGAUAUUUAUGUAGAGUACUUUUUCCACACGGGUGACUACUUGCACAAAAGCAAUUGGUAGUGGCUCAGGUAAGGAACAAUACUGCCUUAGGGCAUUAAUAUCAUUGUCAAGGUAACUCAAAGAGUAUCAAAUCUCAACUAUUAUCCUGGGCCUGGUUUACCAAAAGCAUCAUAGGGUAAGUUCAUCUUUGAAAACCUGAGGCUCUUUCAGAUCCCCAUUUUACUUUUAAGUAAACAUAAGUUAUAGGAACUUCUUCAAGUAAUAUAUUAUUGACACUUAGCUUUGUUUGUUUAUGAGAGAAACCAGUUCUGAUUUACAAUGGCACAAUUAUUUCACUGAAUUGAACCAUCAUCCCAGUCAAAAAUCCCAGUCAACAAAAAGAAACCGAUUGAAUGAUCAUGGUCAGUACACAGUACAUACAGUUGAAGUCGGAAGUUUACAUACACUUAGG